AUGGAUAAGUCGGACAACCAGCUGAAAACCUGGAAAAAGAAGAGCAUGAAGACGAGCGGCUCGGCGGACGUCGUGACCCAGCGCGUCCAGGUGGUCGUGCGUUGCAGACCGAUGGACGAGAAGGAGUUAGCCCGUGGUUAUACGCGUGUGGUCGACGUAUUCCCUUCGAGGGGAGUGGUCGAGAUUCGUCAUCCGCGGGACGAUCCUUCCACCGACAAUGUGAAAGUUUUCACGUUCGAUGCGGUCUAUGACUGGAAUUCCAGCCAACAAGACCUCUACGAGGAAACGGUCAGGCCACUGGUAUCCUCGGUUCUUGACGGUUUCAACGGUACCAUCUUCGCUUACGGUCAAACCGGAACAGGCAAAACGUACACCAUGGAGGGCCUGAAGAGCGAUCACGAGAGACGCGGUGUAAUUCCACGAUCGUUCGAGCAUAUUUUUAAUCACAUAGGCAGAUCAGAGAACAUGCAAUAUCUGGUGAGAGCUAGUUACCUUGAAAUAUAUCAGGAAGAGAUUCGCGACCUUUUGCAGCCCGAUCAGAGUCUCCGAUUCGAGUUGAAGGAGAAACCAGACACUGGUGUAUUCGUUAAAGACCUAUCCACGUCGGUGUGCAAGAGCGCCGUUGAAAUUCAGCAGUUGAUGAACACCGGAAAUCAGAAUAGAACCAUUGGCGCGACGAAUAUGAACGAACAUAGUUCCAGGUCGCACGCGAUAUUUUUGAUCACUAUUGAAAUGGGAUCGAUUGAUGAUAGCAGUGGGAUUAGGGUCGGUCGUUUGAACCUGGUAGAUCUCGCGGGCAGUGAAAGGCAAAGCAAGACUGGAGCCUCUGGCGAGAGACUCAAGGAAGCCAGUAAAAUCAAUUUGAGCUUAUCGGCACUAGGAAAUGUAAUUUCGGCUCUGGUAGACGGAAAGACAACGCACGUGCCGUAUAGAGAUUCCAAGUUAACGCGGCUGCUGCAGGACUCUUUAGGUGGUAACUCGAAGACCAUCAUGGUUGCAAACAUUGGGCCCGCUAGUUACAAUUACGACGAGUCUUUGACAACGUUACGGUACGCGAAUCGGGCGAAGAACAUUAAGAACAAACCAAAAAUAAACGAAGAUCCGAAGGACGCGCUAUUGAGACAGUAUCAGGAAGAGAUCGGCCGAUUGAAGGAGAAGCUGGCGCAAAAGGGCACUGUGCAGAGACGAAAGAAGAAAUCGAAGAGAAAGAAGGGAGACGAAGCCAUGGACUCAGAGUCGGAAGCGGAAGACAGUCGGGGAGAGGAUAAUAAAAUAGAGACGGAUAAGAAAUUAAUUGCGGAACAAUUGAAAGCUGAGAAGCAAGAGACGGAGGCACUCAUAAUGAGAAUAAAGGAUUUGGAAAGUAAGAUGCUUUGCGGUGGUAAGAAUAUCAUUGACCAUACUAACGAACAACAGAGAACACUGGAACAGAAAGCCGCGGAAAUUGCCGAGAGAAAGAAAAGAGAGGUCGAAAUGCAACAGAAACUGGAGGACGAAGAGCUAACUAUGCUAGGCGUGAAAGAAACUUAUUCGAACUUGCAACAAGAAGUGGAUGUGAAGUCGAGGAAGCUCAGGAAAUGUUUCAAUAAGUUACAAGUUCUCAAGCAGGAACUCGAAGACGUCACUAACGACUUCAACAGAGACAGAAGAGACUUAGAACAAACUCAACACGAGCUAAUGAAGGAACUAAAACUAAAGUAUCUUAUAAUCGAGAAUUUCAUUCCCGACGAAGAGAAGAAUAAGAUCCUAUCGAGAAUUCACCUCGACGAAGAAGAAGACGGUUGGGUAGUAAAGGAAACAGAACCAUCCAGCGUAGACUUGAUAAGGAGACCCACGUCGAUUCCUGGUGCCCGUAGGCCAGUCUCCGAAUAUGCCCGAAUUGCUCUAGCCAUGGGAGGAGGUAGUCGUUAUGCGGGUGAAAAUAUAUUGAAUCUAGACCUAGAUAUGCCAGCUAGAACAACGCUAGACUAUCAAGGACCCGCUAUCGCACCUACGAUUCAAGCUGUUCUCGAAGAAGCGUUGCGAGACGAAGGAGACAUUGACGUCGAUGCGUCUAGUGCGAAACUUAGAUCGAAACCGCGUUUACAAUCCGCGAAAAUACGACCUAAAAGCGUUGGAAAGAUCCCUCAAAUCCCAGCGCCGGUUUAUCCAAAGAUGAGAGGUCUCGUACCGAAGUAGACAAUUUUUUAAUACGUUCCGAUAAAGUCUGUAAAGAAACGUGUAAAUAUUGUACGAACCGCAUUGUGAGCUUUGAUUAAUAUAUAUAUAUAUAUAUGUAUGUAUAUAAUUAUAUGUAUUAAUAUAAUUAUAUAUAUACAUAUAUAUAUAUAAUUAUACGAUUCGUUGUGAUACGACACAUGGUACUCUGUGUGCAUCGAUAGGCACGAAAUAGCCGAAAUCUUUGUAACUCUCUAGUCAGUGUGCACUGUGCAGCCACAUGGUAUUAAUAUAUCGAUUAUUUCUGUGUCCAAGUCAGAUUCCUAUUCGUUUAUGAAGACUGGAAUGCGUAAUUUUUGUUUGCCUUUUUUGUAGUAUUUGUUAGAAUAGAAAUGCGAAACAUAAGAAGAAAUAUAACUCGUUUAUGUGUUUUUUUCCUUC